AUGGAGAGAGAAAGAGCACAGAUCCCACCUGCCUUCCAGGCCCGCAAGACCAAAAUCCUAUCCGAGCUCUCCCUUCCAGACACGGAAUACACGGAUCUCUCGCCCAAGGGCUCCGUGGACGAGGGCAUCAAAGAUUUGAUCCACGAUAUCAAUGCACUACCAGGUCUGGUGACGACGAGCAGUUGUGCCGGGCGCAUCAGCGUGUUUCUGGAAGGGCGCAAAAAGCAGCAGCAGCCUCAGCCUCAAACGCUGCAGCCGCAGGAGGACGAAAGCCAGAGACAGUUCACACCCUCCGGGGGUAAAGGCGCUGGGCGAUGGUUGUAUGUUUCGCAUGAUCCACUAGUCCAACCCGAAGGUCAAGGGCAAGAUCAAUCAUUGCCAUUGCAUGCACUGUUCGGGAUGCGGCCGGGGAAUGGAAAGCCGCCGUUGAGGAAAUCGGAUCAAGCGCUGCGCUUGGUGCGGUUUUCUUUUGAACCAUUGAUCCUCCACAUCAUGACAGCGACGCUCUCCCACGCACAACCCGUCCUGUCCGCAGCAACGAGCUCCGGGUUCCGCGAAAGCGGCCUGCAAAGCCUGCGCUGUCUCGAAGGCGACGAAGGACCUAGUCCAGUCGUCGGUGUGCGCUCGGCUGGUCUGUCACUGGAAUCUGUAAUUGGGUAUUGUGAUGAUGAUAACGACAACGACAACGACAACGAUGAGCAUGAGCAUGAGCCCAUCGUGCGCAGCCUCGUCUCGGAGGAAUAUCUCGCUAUGCUGGUUGCCAUGUCUAAUGAGCGAUUUGGGGUCAAUUCCGAGCGGAGAGAGGUUUCGGAGUGGGGGAAGAAGGUGGCGCAAUGGGAGGAUCCUGAUGUGAGGAAGGAAAGGAAGAGGGCGGAGGGGUUGGCAAGAAAGAGAUUGCUGGAGGAGCAGAAGCAGAAGAAGGCUGCUGGGAUGCGGACGGAGGACGAGUCUUUAGAUGAUGUAGCGGGUUUGGAGGGUGAAUAUAAUCAUACUUAA